GGAAGAUCUAGGUAGAAGCGCCCCCCCCGCUCCGAAACCCAUCCUCUACACAGAGAUCUUCCCUUCCUCCCUUCAUGUUUCUUCUAUUCCCCUUCCCUUCAGUCCCCCCCGCUUUUUCCCCCUUUUGGGACACUAGGAGCUGCUAAUCAGCAAGUGAUGCGGGGCGGGGGGGGGGCAGACAUCCUGAUCUGAGUCCCCACUAUUGAUUUGAAGGGGGGAGCUAGCUGGAAACUGGCACCUUUGGGCAGUUAUCUCUGAUUUGUCUACUUUGCUAACCCUAAAAUGGGUGACUCCUUUUAAACUGACGUUUGGAUGCCAGCUGCUCCAAAACCUAAGACGAAUAACGGAUCUGGACCUUCUCACCUAUGCCAGGAUGCAUUGGCCUUACUCACUGUGCCUGCUGGAUAGGUACCAUCUAUCCCUUACCAUUUUUUCAUACGCAUCUCCAGUGCCUGUGCCUUGGGCAACUUUGCUGCUUCUUGGAUUGGUACUUUGAGCUCAGACUGCUUCUGCUUGCCUGUCUGCUGUGCCAGAGUGGCAUUCCUCAAUUGUCUCUUCCUCCCUCUUCAUGAUAACAUUGGACUGCGGCCACAUUCUGCCAGUCACACCCCAAUAUGCACCCUAGAUUUGUACUGCUAACUGUUUCCCUUGAAUCUUUGCCACCUGGUGCCAACUAACAGAGCCCUCACAGUUUUCGGAAAACCUCUCCCGGACCGUCUCUUCCUCCUUGAUGUUCCUGUGUACUCCCCACCACAAUGGUAGCAAAAGGCAUGCUCUGAGGCCAGGCGCAUCUUGGCAGGAGACUGUGGUGUAGAAAUGACAGCUGAGGUGGAGAUUUGGGAACAUCGCUUGAGCAGGACUAGCCAUUCCACCCCAAGGGAAUACGCCUAAGGAGGGACUUAUGGAGCUGCAGAGGCAUUCAAAGUCUAUUGGAGACCCCUACAGACCCCCAGAAACCUUGGAACAACCCUGUCGACAAGAACCCACAAAUGAUGUAGGACAGCCCAUAAAGCUGGAGCUGGAAGAUGAGGAAGGGGCAGUCCAAAUGUCACCACCUAAACUCUCUCGUCCUCCAAUGCCUUCUCCUGGCAGUGCCCUUCUGCAAGGUUUGAACGGGUUGCCAGGAGCAGGCAAGCGAGCUCACAUUCCUGGAGGGACAGCAUCGGACCUGGAACAAGGUGAGCCCUCCCACCUUGGGCGAUACUUGUUGAUUGACAGUCAGGGGCUGCCAUAUACUGUGCUGGUGGGGGAAGGUGUGGGGUCAGCAGAGGGCAAUGAAGGCGGGAGUGGAGGGCCCUUGCGUAAGGUGUACAGCUGCCCUGUCUGUUCAAGGACAUUUGAGUACCUGUCAUACCUGCAACGCCACAGCAUCACCCACUCGGAGAGCAAGCCACAUGUCUGCCGGGCCUGUGGGAAAGCCUUCAAGCGCACCUCCCACUUGGAGCGCCACAAGUAUACUCACUCAGGGCGGAAGCCUCACCAGUGUCCUAUCUGCCAGCGCAGCUUCCGGGAUUCUGGGGAGCUCUCGCACCAUCAGCGGGUCCACACGGGCGAACGGCCCUACCAGUGCGAAGCUUGCCACAUGCGGUUUGGUGAGCGCAACACCCUGCAGAGGCACAUUCGCCGGAAACACCGCCUACAGCUCCUCCCUACGCCAUAGAAACCAGGAACUUACGUUUCUGCUACUGAGAACUGGCAUAAAGACCUUAAAGAUCAGCCCGCCAGGCCCUGCUAGCAUCCAUGCAUGCUUGUGGUCAUCUCAGCCUGCGAAGUAUCUGACCACAUUUUAUGGACUUGGUACUUUCACACCUGUCAGACCCUAACUGAUCCAAGAAGAAAUUAGGAAUGGGGAACCUUUUGCCCAGCUAUGCCACAAACUACCUGGCAUGCGAAAACCAGCUUGCUAUAUCCCAGCAUGGACACCUCUUGCCUUUCUCAUGCCAUUGGGGCCUGGUAUAAAUGCCCGGUCCUACCACCUUUUACAAAACUUAAUCCCAAAUCAUGCCUGUCUGUACUGUCUUAAAUCUGGCAGGGAGAUUCUUUCUCUCUUGCUUUGUCUUCACCCUGGCCUGGUGACUAUUAAUCCCUCUAAGCCAUCCACAUCUAGCAUGGACCAACGGGUGCCCAUUGCUGCAACAUAGAGCACAGCCCCGUGGCACCUUAAUUUUGUCACUUUGUCCUGGGGAGGAGGCCUUUUUCUCAUGUUCUGGCUACAUGGUGGAGAAAAUCCAAUAGACCUUGCUCUGCACACAGGGCACAGAAAUGUACUCGCUGUGUAAGCCAGAAGAACAUGCUAUCAUUCAGACUUGCUAUCCAUAGCUGUUAAUAAUCCUCCUUCUCAGUUUGCAGAUCUGGUGUUGAAAUGUACCUGGUGCUAACCUAGAACCCUUCAUCCCUUUUGUAUAUGCAUUGAUCCACAACACUACCUGGUUAGGUGGGCCUGAUAGAGAAACUCGGGCAUGUUCAUUUAAGGGAGAUCUGGUUUCUGAGCAAGAUAACUUUUGGUUUUAACUGGUUUGGGGGCAGGAGGACUAAUUAGGGCAGCUAUGAGGAUUACUUUCUUGUGUAGAGUUUUAAGACAGAAUUGCAAAAUGAAUUUGGCAAAGGACUAACCUGUCCAGUGCAGCUGUCUCAGUGGGUAGUUUUGGAUGUUAAUUUGAAACCCGAGAUCUUGUCUCAGUAACUCCUGGGCCCAAAUUUAUUCUCUGUUCCACUUUCUAUGUCAUAAACUAUACAAUACAAUCCUUUUGGAAGGGAUUGUCACUCUCAAAUUGGCCUUCUCAGGCACACUAGACGCUGUUCCAAGACCUCCAUACAGAGCACGUUUCCAUAGUCUCUCGAGACUGAAGGAUGUCUACUACUACAAUCCUUUUACAAACAUGGUGAUAGGAGGCUAGAAAUUGUAUUUGAAACCAGAAGUUGGAAAAGUUUGGAAUAUAGCUCGCAGAAUCCCACAUCCAAGCUGGCUGAGAUAUUCUGGCAGUUCUGGGUGUGGUUUUUUUUAAAAAGAAAGCCAAAAAAUAAAACAGAUUUCCAAAGUGUUUUCUUUGUGGAGGAAGAAACUAUACUACUUUCCUCAGCUUACAGGGGAGUUAUGUCCCUUUAUUUUUUGUUACAGUCACAUUACUGUAGAAUAGUAGAAGACAAUGGGUUGCACUGAGGUUUAAAGACAGGAUGUGUUUCAUGGCAUCUCUUUGACCCCUCAUUACAAGUGGUGCUUCAGAUGUUUCUGUUUUGUUUUUUAAGAAAAUUGUAAAGCAGAAAGUGCGAGCACUGACAUAUGGGAAAUAUCUUCACUCUCAGGCUUUAAUAGUCUCUUGCUUCCAAACUUUUCCAAGUUUUUCCAGUGAAAAAGUGUUGAUGAUUCUACAUUCCUGCUGAAAGCUGCUGGUCCUGUUCAUCCAGAACCCAGAUUAGAGUGUAGGCCCACCUGCCUUGUUAUCAGGCCUUCUAGUUUUGAUUCUUGCUGCCCUUACGUUAGAUUGUUGGAGUCAUUCCCAACAGCAUCCCAAAACUGUGGGUGAGGAUCUAUGGGCUUGUCGAUUUAAACUGCAUUUCUGUACCAAAAUAAAAUGUUGGCUUCAACCCCGACUUUCACACUAUGAGGUAUGCACGAAGAGUCUAUUAUGGUUUCAUACAAUAUUUAAGAAACAGAGUAUUUCUUUAUUCCUUAACUGGGAAUGGGUGAAGAGAAAUAUGCAGGAGAGAUUGAUAUAAAGGCAUGUGUUCUCAACUACCAGACAGACUGCUGGCAUUUCCAAAGGUUGCCAGGGAGAUCCCUGGAUUAUGUUUCCUCCACUUCAUAUUUAGUGUGGAAUCCUAGAUCUGUGUGUGUCGUCUUUUUUAAAAAUAUUAAUUAAAAACUAUUCUCUGUG